AAUUGGCCGUUUGGCUGUUCUUCCCCAACAAAAGAUGAUGAGAUAAUGAUGCAGCCAAUAGCCAAUUACAAAUGCUCCAUACCAACCUACAGCUCUAGAGGGAGGAAGAGUCUCAUUAUAGAAAGGGAGACGAAAAACAAAAGGAGAGAGGCAGAGUGGGGCUGAAGGAGAAAGAUAGUUAUCCUCUUUCCUCCUCUUCGUAUGUCUGCAGUUUAGCUUUUCUCUUUUACCUUCCGUGAUCAAUGUUUCUGCCCCGGAUUGAGGAAUAAAACUAACACCGCUUCUCUGCUACUUGGUUUAUUAUUGGCUUCUCUCCUAUUCUUUUGCAAAGUGCAAAAAAGGUAUAAUUUUGAUGAGUUCUAGGGGCUGAACAGAGAUAAGGAGGGGAGAGGCAGAGCAAGAAGGUGAGAGUUAUUCAAAAAUCCAAAGAAAAGCAGCGCUAUCCUUUUCUGCCCUCCUCUGAGGGAAUUCCUGUGGCUUCUGCGCCCACUGUGGAGUGGGUUCUCUAAAAGGUUUUAUGAAGUGGGCUUCUUCAGCAAGUUUUUCUUUGAUGAGUUCUUCGGGGUUUGCCGGCGUUUUUAUCUUUCUUUCUCAGAUUUUUUUGGUUAGCAUGAUGCGGUGUAAGGAUUCGUGUUCUAAUGGUGUUGGAAUAUCGAAGGCAUGUGGUAGGUUUGGAAGGUGGAGGGUGGGGUUGCUCCCUCUAUUGAUUUUUGGUUGUAUUGUUGGAUCUCUAUGUGUUUUCUUCGAAGUUGAAAAAGAUGGGAUUUUGACUAGGGAGGAGGUGCUUAUUAGGGUUUUGUGGGAAGAAAAGAUUCAACUUUUUAGAAAGCAGUUUAGUCUCAGCAAGAACAAGCUUCAAUCUAUGGCCAUGCUGUUCUCCUCUGAAGAUCAGGGCUGUGUAAGCAUUUUAAACUCCAUAGUUUCAGCAAACUGCGAGAGCGAACUCAAUAGAAACCUCCCUAAGCUUUGGAUAGUCUGUUUUGUCAUAAUGGGCAUCAUACUUAGUUCCAAACUAAUGCCUAUUUAUAGAAAUUUGUUCAGCCCAUCAAAAAAAGUGGUGCAGCAGCAGCAGCAAUAUGAGCCACAGAAUGUGAGGGGAGGAGGCUGCUGGCGGAAGAGAAUUCUAUGUCUCGGAAUCUUUCUCGGGACGUCGGUCUCUGUGUGGAUUUAUUUCAGCAUGAAUGCGACUAUUGUUAUGAGGAGGAAGGAGACUCUGGCGAAUAUGUGUGAUGAGAGAGCUCGGAUGCUGCAAGAUCAAUUUAACGUGAGCUUGAACCAUGUCAAUGCUUUAGCUAUCCUGAUUUCAACUUUUCACCAUGGAAAGAAUCCUUCUGCCAUUGAUCAGAAAACUUUCGCAGAAUAUACUGCCAGAACUGCUUUUGAACGUCCGUUGACCAGUGGCGUGGCCUAUGCUUUAAAAGUUCUGCAUUCAGAGCGCGAACAAUUUGAGAAACAACAUGGAUGGAGGAUAAAGAAGAUGGAAACUGAGGAUCAGUCUCCUGUUAAAGACGAUUAUGCUCCCGACAAGCUUGACCCUUCACCUGUUCAAGACGAAUAUGCACCUGUUAUCUUCACUCAGGAAACUGUAUCACACAUUGUCUCGGUUGAUAUGAUGUCUGGGAAGGAAGAUCAUGACAACAUAUUAAGGGCCAGGGCAUCAGGGAAAGGUGUUCUAACUUCUCCAUUUAAGCUUCUGAAAUCCAAUAAACUUGGAGUAGUGCUGACGUUUGCCGUGUAUAAAAAUGAUCUUUCCCCUAUUGCUACGGUGCAGGAGCGUAUUGAUUCUACUGUAGGGUAUCUCGGUGCUUCAUUUGAUAUUGCUUCUUUGGUAGAGAAACUUCUUCACCAGCUUGCAAGCAAGCAAACUAUUAUUGUUAAUGUGUAUGACACCACUAACUCUUCAGCUUCUAUAAAGAUGUAUGGUCCUGAUGAUGUUUAUGGUAGAGGUGAGGUCUAUAUUAGUACUGUAGAUUUUGGUGAUCCGACGAGGAGACACGCAAUGCAUUGCAGGUUCAAACACGAACCUCCACCUCCAUGGUCGGCUAUAACAACAUCAUUAGGUGUUGCUGUGAUUGUUUUACUCGUCGGUCACAUAUUUAAUGCAGCUAUUAAUCGCAUUGAAAAGGUGGAAGAUGAUUACCGUGAAAUGAAGGAGCUAAAAGUUCGAGCUGAAGCUGCAGAUGUGGCAAAAUCACAGUUUUUGGCGACUGUUUCACAUGAAAUUAGAACUCCAAUGAACGGUGUUUUAGGUAUGUUGCAGAUGCUUCUGGACACGAAUCUUGAUGCAACUCAGCAGGAUUUUGCUAUGACGGCUCAGGCGAGUGGGAAGGCUCUAAUUUCGUUAAUAAAUGAGGUUCUCGAUCAGGCUAAGAUCGAAUCCGGUAGGCUUGAGCUCGAGGCUGUGCCUUUUGAUGUUCGUGCGGUUUUGGAUAAUGUUUUGUCUCUAUUUUCUGACAAGUCGCAAGCCAAAGGCAUUGAGUUGGCAGUUUACAUUUCAAAUAAAGUGCCAGAAGUUCUCAUUGGAGACCCUGGACGUUUCAGACAAGUUAUUACAAAUCUUGUUGGGAAUUCUGUUAAGUUUACAGAGGAAGGGCACAUCUUUGUUUCAGUCCAUCUGGUUGAAGAAAUCAAGAGAAUUUGUGGUGCAGACAAACAUUUAUUCAGGCAAUGCUAUGAUCUUGUCGAAAACAGCAUAGAUCCCUUACGCGAUUCAUUAAGCGGGUUUCAUGUGGUCGACAGUUGCAAAAGUUGGGAGAACUUCAGAAUAUUUGACCCCAACAAUGAAUCUAAUGACACAAUUAACCUUUUGAUUACAGUUGAGGAUACGGGUGUCGGAAUUCCUCAUGAUGCUCAUAAUCAUAUUUUCAUGCCAUUCAUGCAGGCUGAUAGUUCUACUUCGCGGACAUUCGGUGGAACGGGCAUCGGAUUGAGCAUAAGUAAAUGCUUGGUGGAUCUGAUGGGCGGUGAAAUAGGAUUUGUGAGCGAACCCGGCGUUGGAAGUUCGUUUUCGUUCACUGCCAUUUUCAGGGAAGGAUUGAGGAAUUCUGUUGAUGUGAAAAGGCAGCCGUCGGAAAUAAUGGUAUCGGAUUUUCAAGGAAUGCGAGGAUUGGUUGUUGAUGGGAGACGAAUUCGGGCGGCUGUUACGAAGUAUCACUUGCAGAGAUUAGGAAUAGACGUAGAAGUUGCCAUGAAUCCAAAAUCUGCCAUCUCGAAGAUAUUGGAUGCUUGCAACUCAAGUGGCACUGGACAUGUCGACAUGGUACUCGUCGACAAGGAUGCUUGGGGCGAAGGAUCCGGUUUGGCAUUCACUCACCCGAUUAUCGAGCUCAAGCAAAAUGGCCGACUGAAGCCUCACGAAAAUAUUCCAAAGAUGCUUCUUUUGUCAACCUCCCUAAGCUCUUCGGAGGCCGAUGAUAUAAAAUCUGCAGGAUAUGUUGACAGCAUCAUAAAGCCUCUUCGUUUAAGCAUGAUGACGGCUUGCCUUCAGAGAGCUUUGGGAAUAGGUGACAAGAGAUAUCAGGAAGCGAGGCAGCCGCCGACGCUAAAGGGCUUAUUGAAUGGGAAACAGAUAUUGGUCGUCGAUGACAAUUUAGUUAAUCUCAAGGUUGCCGCCGGCGCUUUAAAGAAAUAUGGAGCUAUGGUUAGAUGCGCGGAGAGUGGGAAGGCGGCCAUUGAGUUGCUUCAGCCCCCUCACAAGUUUGAUGCUUGCUUUAUGGAUGUUCAGAUGCCUGAAAUGGAUGGAUUUGAAGCCACAAGGCGAAUCCGAGACUCCGAGCAGAAAGUCAAUAAACUCAUCAAAUCAAAAGAAGCGUCGGUGGAAAUGUAUGGUAAUGUUGCAUAUUGGCAUAUACCCAUACUGGCAAUGACAGCCGAUGUAUUCCAGGCAAACCAUGAUGAGUGUGUGAAGUAUGGCAUGGAUGGUUAUGUAUCGAAGCCAUUCGAAGUAGAGCAACUUUAUUCCUCUGUGGCUCAGUUUUUCGAGUCCGAUGCGGUGGCUGUAGUUUCGUAGAACCGGCAUUUUUUUACUGACUCCUGUGAGAAAUUUUGCGGUAUGUGUUGCUAAUUAACUGAUGCAGAAGUUCAAAGGAGCUGAGCCAUGCAGCUCGGAUGGAACCGAUCGUUGCAUCUCUUGACCCUGCUAACCUGUUUUAAAAUGUUGUCUGGACUGAUCUUGACUCAUUAGCCCUCUCGCGGCGUGUCGACCUAACCAUUAUUCUUAUUGCACUAUUCAUAACAAGUAACAGUUUUUCCAGCCAUUUGCUGUAAGAUUGAUGCAGAAUACCAAAGCGAUCGAAGCUCGACCAUUUGAUCGAAGUCGAUACAGCUUCGAAGUUUUCACUAUAGAAAGUUGUUUAUUUGUAGAUAUAGCUAGCAUACCUGAACUUGUUUUCACUAACCUUAGGAAGAUUAUAGGCUUGCAAUUGGUUUUCUUUUUUUAUGGCUGCAAUUCUGCACUUGUUUGUAGUUCUCCUAUGUAAUAAGUAUUUUUUUGUUAUGUAUUAAUAUAGUGGAAUUGGUUGCAU